CAACACCAAGCAGCUCUGGGAACACUCAUCAUUUGUUCGGUCCAGGUUUUUCUUCACCUAGCACAAGGUUCUGGUGUCAGAAAGAUGGCCACAUCAGCAAGCUCCAAACUGAACAAAGCCGUGAAGCAACAGUACAUGGACCUGCCUCAGGGGGAUAAGGUUCAGGCCAUGUACAUAUGGAUAGAUGGCACCGGAGAGGGACUCAGAUGCAAGACCAGAACUUUGGAUUUUGAGCCCAAAUCAGUAGAAGAUCUUCCAGAGUGGAACUUUGAUGGCUCCAGCACGUACCAGUCAGAAGGCUCCAACAGCGACAUGUUCCUCGUCCCUGCAGCCAUGUUCAGGGACCCGUUCAGAAGGGACCCCAACAGACUGGUGCUCUGUGAGGUGCUGAAGUACAACCGUAAACCUGCAGAAACAAACCUGCGACGCAGCUGUAAGCAGAUCAUGAGGAUGGUGGAGAACCAGCACCCCUGGUUUGGGAUGGAACAGGAGUACACCAUCCUGGGCACAGAUGGUCAUCCCUUUGGCUGGCCUUCCAACGGUUUCCCAGGCCCACAAGGGCCUUAUUACUGUGGCGUGGGAGCAGAUAACGCGUACGGACGAGACAUAGUGGAGGCGCACUACAGAGCCUGUCUGUACGCUGGGGUUCAGAUCUAUGGAACAAAUGCUGAGGUCAUGCCAGCACAGUGGGAGUUCCAGGUGGGACCUUGUGAAGGCAUCGACAUGGGAGACCAUCUAUGGAUCGCUCGCUUCCUCCUGCAUAGAGUGUGUGAGGAUUUCGGUGUUGUUGUGUCAUUCGACCCCAAACCUAUAUCGGGGAACUGGAACGGCGCUGGCUGUCAUACCAAUUUCAGCACUAAAGAUAUGCGUGAUGACGGAGGAUUAAAAGUCAUAGAGGAGUCCAUUGAGAGGCUGGCGAAGAGACACACGUAUCAUAUCCGAGCCUAUGACCCAAAAGGUGGGCUUGACAACGCCAGGCGCCUCACCGGUUACCACGAAACCUCGAACAUCGACGAGUUCUCUGCCGGCGUGGCCAACCGCAGGGCCAGUAUCCGCAUCCCUCGCAUGGUUGGGCAGGAAAUGAAGGGCUACUUCGAAGACCGCCGUCCGUCUGCCAACUGUGACCCGUACAUCGUCACCGAGGCGUUGGUGCGCACGUGUGUACUGAAAGAAGAUGAAGGCGGGCCCACCAUUUGCGGCGAAUGAACAGGAAGUGCCAUUAACAGUAUUGCAUGAGCCGUGUUAUCUAUACUUAAGAGCAGACCCAAAGUUCUGUACUGUUUGGAUUCUCCA